CCGAUUUCUUUUUUUUUCCUUUCAUUUCCCAUUUUGUUCUGUUUUACACCUUUUUUUGUACCUUAUUAUUACUUCGUUUCUAUACUAGUACCCGGUAGUGGUAAUAACCAAGCACUUUACUGGCAUCUAAUACUCCUCGUGCUUAUUUGGCAUAUCUCAUCCUCUUAUAUACCGGGACCAUUUAACCACAUCUACCACUACAGCUUGAUAUAAAUACGCACACACCCACUUACACAGCCAUCAUGUCUAAAGGGCUCUCCGCCAUCCUUACCAAGGCCCCCUCCGACGUCGUCAUCCUCUCCUCCCUCCGCACGCCAGUAUGUCGCUCUUACAAGGGCGGCCUCAAGGACGCCUACCCAGAGGAGCUGCUUUCUGUAGUCCUCAAAGCAACUCGCGAGGCCAUUCCCGAAAUGGACCCAGCCGUGGUUGAGGACGUGGGCGUGGGCGUCGUGCUCUCCGAGCUGGGCGGUUCUAAAGCAGCGCGCAUGGCGCUCAACCACGCGGGCUAUCCAAACUCUACAAGCCUGUUUACCGCCAACCGCGCAUGCGCAUCGUCGCUGCAGAGCAUCUCGUUGGUGGCGGCGCAGAUUCGCACCGGCAUCAUGGACGCAGGCAUCGGCGCCGGCAUGGAGAGCAUGACGAGGAACUACGGCAGCCGGGCCGUGCCGGUAGACGUGUGGCCCGAGCUGCGGGACUCGCCGAACAAGCACGUCCGGGACUGCGUCAUGCCGAUGGGCAUCACGUCGGAGAACGUGACCGAGCGGUACGGCGUUGAGCGGGAGAUUCAAGACCAGUUGGCUGCGGCGUCGCACAAUCGGGCGGCGCGCGCGAGGGACAAUGGCUGGUUCGACUCGCAGAUUGUGCCGGUGACGACGCGCUUCCAGGAGGUUGACAAGCAGGGGCAGCCUGUGGGUGAGCAGAAGACCAUCACGGUGACCCGCGACGACGGCAUUCGGGACGGCGUGACGGCCGAGUCGCUGGCGAAGCUGAAGCCGGCUUUCAAACCGGAUGGCAAGUCCACGGCGGGCAACUCGAGCCAGAUCUCAGACGGCGCGGCGGCCACGCUGCUGAUGAAGCGAAGCACAGCUACGGAGCUUGGGCUCGGGUCGCACAUCAUGGGCAAGUUCGUGGGGGCGACGACGAUUGGCUGUGAUCCGGACGAGAUGGGCGUGGGGCCGGCCAUUGCCAUACCGAAGCUGUUGAACCAGCUCGGUCUGAAGACGGAAGACGUGGACCGGUGGGAGCUCAACGAGGCGUUUGCGAGCCAGUUUGUCUAUUGUCUGCGUAAGCUGGGGCUGAUGGAGGCGUGGGAGAAGGGCCGUGUGAAUCCUGAUGGAGGUGCGAUUGCGCUGGGACACCCCUUAGGUGCGACGGGUGCGAGAAUGACGAGCACGCUGAUGCAUGGGUUGAAGAGGGAUGGUGGAGAGGUUGGUGUUGUGAGCAUGUGUAUUGGAACGGGUAUGGGCAUGGCUGGACUGUUUGUGAGAGAGUAAGAUGGUAAAAUAUAUAUGCUCGGAGAGAAGGAGAAAAGAGAAAAAUGGGUAAAAAGGGACUUAAAAAGGGACAAGCUGGUGGUUUGUUUUGUGAGUUUCAAGGAGAGUGAGGCUUUUUAGAUUUCAUCAUAGAUUUAUUCAUUUGCUUGUUCCUUUUCGUAAACUACGGUAAUAGUACCUGCUACUAUAGAUUUUCUUCUCGCGUCAUUUCUUUUGUCGUCGUUGACUCGUUAGUACUAGAUCUUCUCCGAUAUCACCUCAGUUCAGUCAAGACAUAUCCUUCUCAGAUGGUACGUCUGCAU